AUGAACGAAGAGACGACUAUUCAACUUUCUCAGUUAAAUACGAUAUGGGAAUUGGUAGAACAGGAUGCAUCAUUUUUUAUGCAAAUAGUUCCAGGGAUUUUGCCUAUUGCUGCAAGAUCAGAGCUUGUAAUACGUCAAUGGAUUGCUAAAUUUUUUGCUUUACUUUUUACAACACCAAAUUUAUCUAUUGAUAAUAAAGAAAAACUUGGAUUACAAUGUCUUGAUACGUUAGUUAAUUAUGUACAAUUUGAUGAUGUUGUAUUGUUAAAGAAUAUUAUUCAAAGUUGUUCAGCAUUUUAUCCUAUUAUAUUUCGGUAUAUAUGCAUGCAACAUAAUAUUUCUAUUUGGAAUCAAAUGAUACUUAUUAAGAACAGAAUAUUACAGUUAUGGGAUUCAAAACAUAAAGGAAUUCGUAUUUCAUGUAUUAAAUUUGUUCAAAAAAUAAUACAAACCCAAACAUUUGGUACAAAAGAUCCAAGGCUUAUUGAUAAAUCGGAUAUUUCUUUGAAUUUGAUUCCUCCUAAACAUCCUUUUUUACAUAGUAUUGACCUUGAAGCUGAGGCCAAAGGUUUUUUAGAUAGACUUAUUGAAAAUAUAUAUGAAAAACCAUUGGAUCCCUUUAUAAUUAGCGCUACUUUAAAUUGUUUGACCGUCUUGGCUAAGCAUAGAUUAGAUACUAAUACAAAAAUCAUAAAUGGAAUUUUAGGUUUUAAUCCCAUAGAUGAUACCAUUAAAGCAUCUGAUGAUAUUAAAAUGCAAAUUCAAAUACGAUCUUUAAUUAAAAAUAUUACGAUUGUUUUAACUAAUCUUCUAAGAAAUAAUUCUACAGGAUCUUUGGCUUCAAAAGUUAGCCAGUACCUUUCUACACAAGAGAAAUUUGAUAUGCAAGAUGAUGUUUCUCGUAAAAGAUUUUUUUCUGAUAUCACUCAUUUUUCUGCGAAAAGAAUAAAAACAGAGAAUUUAAAUACACAAAAAAACAUAGAAGUCCAUCAUGAUUUAUCUAUUAUUUCAUUAUUUACACUUAAUCAAAUGAAAAAAGACAAUCCUUUACUUUCUAUUGAUGUUACUCAACUUCCUCACGAACUUGUUGCAAGAAUUACAAUUGAAAAUCUUCUUUAUAUUAAACAUGAUCAUUUUGAACGCUGCAUUAAUAUAUUGCGAUCAAAACUAUUAGAACAUUCUCAUCAGAUUACAUCUAAAAUUGAAGAUAAUAAAUCAGUUAAAGAAGCUUUAGCAAAUAUUACUGAUGUCGAAGAUGAUGAUUUUGAAUCAUCUGAGGCAUCUAUAUAUCAAUCGAAUAAGAAUAUCGCAAAAAUACGUGAUCUACAAGUUAAACAAGAAAAAAAUUAUCAGGAAAAAGGCAUGAAAACAAUUUCCUUUGAACUUCCCGAUCCACAACCGCUUACACCAUCUCUGAUAACAAAGCAUUUUCAUAAUGUUAUGGAUAGAUUAUUUUUAAACGCCUUUAAAAAUACAACUUCCGAUGAUCAGAAACCUACUCGAAUUCUUGACCUUGAAAAUUUAAAAACCAAUAAAUGGAAUAAACAAAGCUGGAUUAGGCUCAUUUCCCGUCUUUGUACAAGAGGUCUUGUCACUUCAAAUGAUAUUCACAAAAAUAAUUAUAAAGAUCAAAUUUCUUUUUCUCAUUUUGUAAGAAAUAAACUUUUAGAAUAUGUCCUAUCGUAUUUUAAAGAACGUAUCCAAUUUGCUGUAACAUGGUUAAGCGAAGAAUGGUAUAAUGAUCAUUUAAUGCUGCGUAAAAGCAAAGAAGAACGCUUAACUUGGGAAGGCCCUCAAUAUGAAAAAUGGACACUUAUGGUUCUUGAUGGAGUUUUGCCCUUUGUUGAUGGCUCUAAUAAAGCUUUUUUACGGUUUCUUUCUGAUCUUCCUGAAUUAUCUGAGACAUGUAUUCAUCGAUUACGAAUCCUCUGUUUAGAUCCUGAUCGAAGUAAACUUGGUUUUGCUGCAUUACAAUAUCUUAUCAUGCUUAGGCCUCCUGUUAGAUCCAUUUGUCUUGAUUUUAUUCAAAAAUUAAGUUCCGAAAAUCCAGAUUCUGAUUUCGUAAUCCCAAUAGAACGAAUUUUAAGCAAAUAUCGUACAUAUCUUAUUCCUUCACAAACACUUCAGAUACCUAUUAAUUCUAACUCUUCGAUCAAUCAUUCUUCAGACUCUUUUAAUAUUUCUCCCUCGGAAAUAACUUUUCCUCAACAAUCUCAAUAA